AUGAGACACUUCCUCUCUAUUCCCUUCUCUUGCAUUCUUUUGAUAUGCCUAUGCUCUCUCGCAUAUGCACAGGUCCAUCUUGUGGAAGAAUUCAAGCCUGAACAACCGCCAAAAGGAGAUGAUCGACUAAUUUACUUGGUAGGCCCACAUCGAGACCGAUACAAUGUAACGUUGGCUGAUACGGAUGGAGGUGAAACGACACAACAAAACGAAUCCGAAAUCACAUGUGGUUACAAAAAUAAUAACGCAAGAAGAGUUUUUACAAGUCCAUGUCAAGUUAAGCUUGAAAAGGCAGGAGAGGAAAAGUUUAUGGUUCGAUGUAGUAAAUGGGUGAAAGAAGAAUAUGCGUUGAUCGAAUUCGAAAAAGGACAAAAGCCAGCUUUCAGUAUUCCUUCUGAUGCAAAACACGUUUGGGCAGGUUUCACAUCUGAUUCGAAAAAAGCAAAGUUGAGGAAAUCAAUCAAUGGCGAAAAAGUGUUUGGCAAACAGCAUCUGAUGACCCGUCUUCCUACUUUGCUGAUCGUCAGCUUGUCGAUCUGUUUGGCAAUCUUUACCCAAAGAACGGUAGCCGAAGUGCAUCUCGAAAAGGACUUCAAGCCUGAGCAACCGCCACAGAAAGAUACGAGGUUCGUCUAUCUUGUUGGACCGGAUCGUGGUUUGUACAACAUCUCUCUUUACAAUCCAUACGAUGCGCCUAAUUCGGAUAUCACUUGUGGUUAUACGUUAUCAAAACACGGCAAAAAAGUACUUAAAAGUCCUUGUCAAACAUCUGUGGCAAAAGGAUCACAAGAAUUCAAAGUGACUUGUCAAAAUUUAAAAGAAGAUAUGGCUUUCAUUAGCUUUUACCCAAAUGAAGUUCCGGAUUUUUCAACUGCUGAAGAACAUGUUUGGGCUGGUUUCACUUCUGAUCCUCCUAAUCAACCUCUUCGACAUUCUUCUGAUGAUGACAUCAAGGGUAAAGCCAUUAAUGAUAGCAUUAUCGUCAAUUGUGCCAAUGAUCGCCGUACUCCGUUGCAAUGA